AUGCAACUGGUUACUGAACAGCAUUUCUCCGUCAAAAGCAAACAAGAGACGAAGGAUUCAAAUGGUAAAAUUCAACAAAAUUCACCGUUCAAGGAAUCAAAAAAUUCUAAGGAAUCUACAAAGAAUAAGCAGAUGUUACCAUGGGAGAAGGAAGAACUGCAAACGUAUUAUUUGAACACAAAUAUACCAGCAAUAAAUAUCAGUUUAAAUGGUGGUCUAGUUGGAAAAGCUGCAAAAGAUGGUAAAUUUGUUAUCAACGGUUCUGUAAUUACGAUAUCCAAAAACCCAAGCAAAUCACGGAAGAUCAAUGAUUAUAUACCUAGGCACCCACACUAUCAAGUUAAUGAAUCUGAGUUAAAUUUUCUCGAAUCGAUUUUGAGACAUAUCGACAUCAAACUGUGCAAAUAUUUGAAUGGAUCUAUAAUACCAUUGUAA